AUGAAGAAGACGUACUACAGCUGGCGUUUCAUCGUGGUUUUCCUAUUUACUUAUUCGACUGACCAAAUAUGUUCAGCAUUGCAUGGAAGUUCUGGAGGCUCUUCUCGCAGCACACAUUUAGUAAUAACAUAUGGCGGUGGUGGUGGUGGACAUGGUAUUUCUGGGCGUAGUGGUGAUGGAUCUGGUCUUUCCAAAUAUGGAAAUUCUGGAACUGGAUACGGUGGUCCGACACCUGGAGCUUAUGGAUCCAGUAGUUCUCUAUCUAGAUUUGGUUCUUCUGGAAUCGGUGGUUCAAUAUAUGGAAGUUAUGGUGGCGGUGGUUCUGGAUAUGGCAUUUCUAAUAAUGGAAACCCCAGUUUCCCUAGUUCUGUAGUCAAAGGUUCUGGAUUUGGAAGUUCUGGAAAUGAUGGUUUUGGAUCCAGUAGUUAUGGAGGUGGUGGCUAUGGAAGUGGUGGUUCUGGAUCCGGUGGCCAUGGACGUGGUGGUUCUGGAUCCAGUAGUUAUGGAAGUGGUGGUUAUGGAUACGGUGGAUAUGGAAGUGGUGGUAUUGGAUCCAGUAGUUAUGGAAGUGGCGGUUCUGGAUCGGGUGGCAGUUUCCCUUCAGGCCCGAAAAGCGAUUAUGGCGGAAGUGGCAGAGGAGGUGGAAGCUCUUACGAUUCUCGAUCUGGUACUGAGACAAGAGACAACGGAAAUUCAAACGACGGUGAUGGAAUUCCUGACGAAGUCAUUGAUGCAUUAGACAAACUCUUGACAUCUUAA